UAUGGCAGUUGUUCUAUUAUAUGCAACGGGUAUUAUUGAAACACAAUCCAGUCGUACGUAGCUUUGAGUUCGUUGUUCUGUUCCAUAUGCGAAGUCACAGAGUGUCCAGAUCUAGGUUGUCGAUUUGUUUUCUUGGAGAUAGUGGAUUUUUUGAUAAAAUUUCGAUAUGAGUGAAUUCAAAAUGGAGAUAGGGGAAGAUGACAUCCCUUUCCUCCGACUGAGUAAGGAAUAUACCCUUAGAUUAGAUUUGGAAGAAUUAGAUGAAGAAUACAAAAAUCGGGCUAUUAAAGAUCUACGUGAGACACCAGAAAAUGUUCAGGAAGCUUUGAAAGCCAUAAGACAAAUGAUAAAGGAUGAGCCUGGAUUGAACCUACCGGUAGAAGAUGAACAGUUUUUAAUCAAGUUUUUGAGGCCCUGCAAGUAUUAUCCAAAUAGUGCCUUCAGAUUAAUGAAGAAAUUCUACACAUUCAAGGCGAAAUAUCCGAAAUGGUCGGCGAAUUUAUAUCCUUCACCUCUACGACAUGUUUUCGACAGAGAAGUUUUUCAAUUUUUACCUACGAGAUCUGCAACAGGAUCGAGAAUAAUGAUAGUCAACGUUGGAACGAAGUGGAAUCCGAAAGAAGUAAGUCUAGAUGACCUGUUCAGGGCAGUGAUGUUAUCAAUUGAGCUGGCCAUGAUCGAACCAAGAACACAAGUUUGCGGUGUGCAUGUCAUUUUGAAUAUGAAGGGCUUGAGCUUGUCACAUGUCUAUGUGUUUUCACCGUCUCUCGCCAAGAUGAUGGUCGAUUGGGUUCAAGAAUGUGCUCCAGUGAGAUUGAAGGCUAUCCAUGUGAUCAAUCAACCUUUUGUUUUCAAUGUGCUUUGGGCAUUAUUCAAACCAUUCGUGGGAGAAAAACUGAGACAGAGGCUAUUCUUCCACGGUUCAAACCUCAAACCCUUGUGCGAACAAAUCUCUGCCAAAUGUCUUCCUCCAUAUUACGGUGGAAUAGCUAAUAUUCCAGAUUUUCCUGGUAGCCUUUUCUCUGACAUGCUCGUCUACGCCGAAAAACGAUUCGAACCCUGCAACAUUUACGGCUACGUGAAAGAGAAAGUGGAGGACGGAGAUGGAAAAGACUGAUUUUGUUUACAUAAUUUGAGUGUAAAUUUAUGGAAUUAAGCUAUAGGAAAUUCAAACACAUAUAAGAUCCUUUAUAUUAGGAAAUAAAGAAUUUUGUAACAAAUAUUAUUUUUUAUGGAAAUAUGUAUCUAUGUGAAAUUAA